GUAUUUCAAUAGUAAUUUAUCCAAUAACAAUAAGAGAUGUCGGAGGUUAGUUGGUAUUUAGUACUAUUACCUUUCAAGCCAAUAAGAGUCUUGUUGACAGGUGCAGCUGGACAAAUAGGAUAUUCACUCGCCGGGAUGGUUGCUCGUGGUGAUAUGUUCGGACCAGAUCAAGAAGUUAUCUUACAUCUUUUCGAUCUUGAACAAAUGGUGGAGUCUCUUAAAGGACUUGAAAUGGAACUUCAGGAUUGUGGAUUUCGACUUUUAAAGAGUGUGGUUGUGACACAUAAACCAGAAGUAGCAUUCAAUCAAAUUGAUGCUGCACUUAUGGUUGGGGCUAUGCCUAGGAGAGAAGGAAUGGAGCGUAAAGAUUUGCUUAAUGCCAAUGUGAAAAUUUUCAAGGAGCAAGGACAGGCUCUGGACAAGUAUGCCAAAAAGACUGUCAAAGUGGUUGUUGUGGGUAAUCCUGCUAACACAAAUGCACUUGCACUGAUGAAGAACGCUCCUUCCAUUCCUAAAGAAAACUUUAGUGCGCUCACAAGACUUGACCACAAUCGUGCUCAGUCAUUUAUAGCCAAACGUUUGGGAGUUUCAUGCGAUUCUGUAAAAAAUUGUAUUAUAUGGGGCAACCACAGCAAUACGCAGUUUGUCGAUGUGAGUCAUGCUGUUGUAAAGCAAGAUGGGAAGGAGAUUCCUGUCGCUACCGCAAUUAAUGAUGAUAACUGGAUAAAAAAUGAGUUCCUAAGCUCUAUCCAGAAGCGCGGUGCUGCUGUUAUAGCAGCCAGGAAACUAAGUAGUGCACUGUCUGCUGCCAAGUCUGUUUCAGACCAUAUGCACGACUGGUGGCUUGGAACGAAGGAGGUAUGUUUCCAGUUUAACUUAUUUUGUUUUAAGGGCGAGUGGGUAUCGAUGUCUGUAAUCAGUGAUGGUUCUUAUGAUGCUCCAAAAGAUGUUAUAUUUAGUUUUCCUGUCCAAAUCAAGAAUGGCAAAUGGACCAUCGUCCAGGGUUUAAAACUUGAUGAGUGGGCUAAAGGCAAGUUCGCCAUAACAGCAGAAGAGCUCAAGGAGGAACGCAUCGCGGCGGGGCUUGAUUAAUGACUUCCUGACUGUUGUUACUGCCAGUAUUCUCACCACUAUAGUAGCUACUUUUUGUAGUUCUUGUUAUUGAUUUUACAUUUGCUAAAAUUUUGAUAAUUUGUGCAUUUCGUUGGUCGUUUUUAAAAAUAGUUCAUUGAUAGAUCACUACCAAGCUCUUUGUAGAAUCAUUGCUUCGACUUAUUUGGGUGUAUCGUAAACUGAAAAUAUCUAAUCUCAGUAUUUAUACUUCCAAUCAUUCCGCACACCGUUACAUAUCUCUAGGAUGAAGAAUGCGGUUUUGUAUUCGCUGCUAAUAUGACUUAUUAGUUCAUAAAUGAUCCAAGUUAAUACGAAAAUAGGCUAUUCUGAUUUUUUCCCUCAAUUGCAUAGAUUAGGCGAUAUUGUUCAGGCGAGUUUCAAAGGAGGUUAGUGAUUUUCGUACUAUGAACUCUUCUUGCUAUGUAUUUGUUACAACAAAACUAUAGUUGACAAACUCUAAGGGGAAUUGUUUUGCUCCG